GCGGAAAUAGCAGCUACUCCCGACAUCAGUGCACUACUUAGGGGAAUAAUGACCAGUAUCGGCACUCUAUCUAGUGCACUAAAUGUGUAUUAGGGUGUUUUAUUAGGACGGAGCCGGGAGUAUGUGUUCACUUCCACACACACACACGCACGCACACGGAGCAGAAAGGAGCGGUCGUGUUUAUGGUGUAACGGCAGUGUCAUUAACGGUGAAUUAGCGCCGGAUUGAUUUCCGUCAUGGCCGCGAGUGUGAAGCGCAAACAGGAAGAGAAGCACCUGCAGCUGCUGCGCGAGAUGACCAGCCGGCCAGCCAACCGGAAAUGCUUCGACUGCGAGCAGCGCGGCCCGACCUACGCCAACAUGACCGUGGGCUCCUUCGUCUGCACCACCUGCUCCGGCAUCCUACGGGGUCUGAACCCUCCACACAGAGUGAAGUCCAUCUCGAUGACGACGUUCACGCAGCAGGAGAUCGAGUUCCUACAGAAACACAGCAACGAGGUGUGUAAGCACAUCUGGCUCGGCCUGUAUGAUGAUCGCAGUUCUGCAGUGCCGGAUUUUCGAGAGCCUCAGAAAGUGAAAGAGUUUCUCCAGGAGAAAUACGAGAAGAAACGAUGGUACGUUCCUCCAGAGCAGGCGAAGAUGUUGGCGUCUGUCCAGGUUCCUCACUCGGGAUCUUCAGCGAGCACCAGCAGCACUCCUGAAGUUCAACCACUCAAAACACUGCAGCUCAACAAAACUCCAUCCAGCCAGUCCCCGGUGAUCAGUCGUUCUCAGCCUCAGGAGAAGAAGUUUGAUCUGUUGUCUGAUCUGGGUGGAGAUAUCUUUGCAGCUCCUGCGUCUCACAGCGCCGGCCCAACAAACUUCGCCAAUUUUGCACAUUUCAGCAAGCCGUCAGCUCAGAACACUUCAGUCACACAUUUUGCCAAGUUUGAUUCCUUUGGAAACUCAAGCAUGUCACAUUUUGCCCCUUCACCUCACACACAGCCACCAAAAACAGGAAGGGGUGUGUCAGCUCCACCCAGUUUACCCAGCAUUUCAGCUGAGGAUCGAUACGCUGCUCUGGCAGAACUGGACAACACUCUCGGCUCCACUUCACAAGGCGGGUUUGAUGCUGUUCCCGGCUCCUCAGCAGCUCCAACCCCGCCCGUGAUUCCCAGCAUGCAGCAGGGUUUUACAGCUUCCACAAAUCCCUUCGUUGCUACGGCGAUUCCUCCGGAGUUGAUGUGUACAAAUCCGUUCCAGACCAACAACAGAUCAUCAGCUACAGGCUCCAUGAGCAUGCCGUCUGGUUUCGGGAACGCCUCCAAUUUCUGUCUCCCCACCAGUUUCAGUGGGAAUUUCCCUCAGCCGUUUCCCCCGGCGCCGUACCACCAACAACCCAACGGUGGGUUUCCUGUUUACGGUCAGAAACCUCCCAUGAGUUACGGUCAGCCCGCCGUCUCCAACAACCCCUUUAUGGGUGGAGCUCCAGCAGGUCCGUAUCCCACUGGUGGAUCGUCCACUAAUCCAUUCCUGUAAAGCGCGCCUACACACACACACACACACACACACACAAGCACACACUCUUUAUAUUCACUGCACUGACACUUCUAGAGAAGAAGGCGUGUUGUGUGUUCCAGCGCUGUUCUCAGCUCGUCCUCGUCCUGAUAAAGCGAAGUCCACUUAAAGUCCGUUGAAGAUGGCGGUGAAGUCUAGGGGAGGUGGACGAGGGUGGAUUGAGAACGGUGUUGGAACACAGCCGUGCAGAGGAGACGCAGCAGACGGUCUUCCUACGAUCCCCGCUCAGCUCCCGUCACGCUCCACAUCCGCAGUCCAUCCUAUUUAUGGCUUUCACUCAGUAAUAAAUAAUUAACAAUAAUAAUAAUAAUAAUAAUAAUAAUGUCUUAGGCCUAGCAGUUGUGCUUAUCGUUAUUUGUAAUCCUUUAAAAAAAAAAAAAAAAAAAAAAAGCAUUAUUUAUGAUUAAAAAACCAGAAAGUGUUGAAUUAGAGCUGAUUUGAAGCAACAGUUCGGCCAAAAUAAAUCGUUAAAGGUUGUCCCUGCGUUACUUUUCGGGUUUUCUAUCGGGGCUACGACGCUAACGUGUCACGGAAGCUUACAGCUAGCAGUUUAGCAUCUCUCCCAUGUGUUGGUGUGUUUUUCUGACUCUGUAUGACACACAGUUAUCUAUAAACACGGACAGAGGGUGAGAUCACAGAGAGAGAAUAACCCCAGUGACCUCCGAAAUCACUUUCUUCCUCAGAUUCAGGUGGGGGGUGUGGCCUAAAGUCAAAAGGUGGAGCUUGUGCAUUAGAUGUGAUUCAGAUGAUAAAUGUUUUUUGAUGUGUGUGUUUAAUAUAAUAAUAAAGCAAAUAAAUAAACACGAAGCCUCGUAGCUCCAGUGGAAAAAGGGACAGUGUGGAUUUUAUCUUUGGCCGAAGUGCUGCUUUACGAAGGACGUGUUUCUGGAAAAAAAAUUAAAAAACAAGACUUGUGAAAGGUGUUUAAUCCACUGAUUGGGGAAGAAGGUUUAUAAUUACCAGAAGCUCAGCACAAAGCAGACGGAGAGAAAGAACACGAUGUGAUGGAGCACAGAGACAGAGUUUGGAGCUGCAGGAGCUUCCUGUGUGAUCCGUACUCACCGACACACACUGCUUCCUCCUGUCACGUGUGUAUAUAAAUAUAAAUACAUGUAUAAUUAUUAUAUUAAAGAUUUUUAACUACUGUU